UCUCUAGCUCUGCCGCGUGAUCUGGCAACAUUUCCAUUUUAAGACGCGACCCAGCGAUUUGUACGUUUUUAAUUUUCCGAAAAGAAAAUGGCAUGAAAACCGGCCAGAAAAGUGCAACGAACGUAGCUACAACCCAAAUUUUCUAAACACACACACAUACAGAAACGAGAAGAGCCAACGAACUCGUGCAGCGACGCCCAAGAAUGAAAGAGAGCAAAGCAACAUGAAAAUUACAGCAACAGCAACAACAGCAGCAACAACAACAACGACAACUGGCUUGCCGAAGAAGUUGUAAAAGACGCAGAAGAAGAAGCAGCCACAACAGUAUUUUUAUUAGCGGGUGUUGUUGUUGUCAUAUACACACAACUCCUCUAACUCAACGUUUACGUUGCACCAGCAGCAUACAUAUGUAGAGACAACGAAUUCCAAAGAGAUCUGACGACGCCCUUGUAGCGGACAACGAAUAUUCUAAUUUAUUUAUAUUGUGAUAGUUACUAGUUUUAGUAUUUGUAAGCUUUUAAACAACCAAACGUUGCAAGCCAAAAACGAGAGAGAGAGAGCAGAUAUCCAAAAAGCCACUGAAAUGCAUUCCAAAAUGAGUGGACAACAUGGGAUGGCCAUCCCAGCCCUGCUGUUGAUCGGCAGCCUGGCAUAUCUGCCGUACAUCGAGGCCUGCUCCAGCCGCACUGUGCCCAAGCCGCGCUCCUCGGUCUCAUCAUCGAUGUCCGGCACAGCUUUGCCUCCCUCCCAGACGACAAGUAGCACCACAAUGCGCCCCACCACCACGACCACGCCCAGGCCGAAUAUAACAUUCCCCAUUUACAAGUGUCCGGAGAACUACGAUGCCUUCUACUGCCUGAACGAUGCCCAUUGCUUUGCCAUCAAGGUUGGCGAGGAUCCGCUCUACAGCUGCGAGUGCGCCAUUGGUUUUAUGGGACAGCGGUGCGAGUACAAGGAGAUCGAUAGUACCUAUCUGCCCAGAAGGCCGCGUCCCAUGUUGGAGAAGGCGAGCAUUGCCAGCGGUGCCAUGUGCGCCCUGGUCUUCAUGCUGUUUGUCUGUCUGGCCUUCUACUUGCGCUUCGAACAGCGGGCCAACAAGAAGGCCUACGAGUUGAAGCAGGAGCUGGAGCAGGAGUACGAGGAUGAUGACGGGCAGUGCGAGUGUUGCCGGAAUCAGUGCUGUGCGGAUGAGGAUGAGCAGCCGGUCAUUGUGGAGCGCAGGCUUCCCUAUCACAUGCGGCUGGAGCACGCCCUGAUGUCCUUCGCCAUUCGACGCAGCACCAAGCUGUGAGGAGAGCGAAAUAUACAGGGAGUCCAAAAAUCGAAUAUGCCUUGCCCAUCACAAACUUCACACUGGGCUUUAGUCGGUAGUUGAUAAUACUGAUAAUACCAUUUACUGAAUGCUAAAUGUGUACUCAAGAACUGUCCACUCAAACCUACCUAGAGAUCUUCACCCAGAAAACUGGUUAAAACGCUAGCCAGCCAGCCUUGUAUUACCCCAAUUGACUAUGAAUUUUAAAACCUUACGCCUAGCUAUUUAUUAUUAUUGCUAACUGAUAUGCGUAUCACACACACAACGCGAAACACGCGCCAAGUAUUAUUUAUUGCGAGAGAGAUUUAAGAAAAAAUGAUAUGGAUUUUCUAAAUAAACAUAAGAAACCGCACCAUGCAAA